AUGUCAAUAAAAUCUGAGGGGAAGCGUGAGCCCAGGCCUACCUGUAAAGGUGCAAACUUGCCCCCGACGGGUGGGACAACUCAUCAAAUUUGCCAGUUUAAGAGGCCGGUAGCAAAGGGUCUUCUCGGCCCUAGGCGCCCUUCCGCAUUUGCCUGCAAUGCUGCGGGCUCACCAGCAGCCCGUGUUGCUCCCAAAGCGGCCAAGAAGGUUUUCAUGCCCGCCCCUGCUGCCCUGCCCUUGGGAGAGGCCAGCUUCUCUAGCCUGCGGAGGGCCCCUCUGGAGGGAAGGAGCCUGGUCCUGGCCAGUGCCUGGGACACUUCCCCGCGAGGGUGCCCACCCAGUGCACCCAGUGUCUACCUCAUUCAGAUAACUUUUUCCAAGACCCUCGAGAAGUUUGCCCUCAAGAGCCCGCCGAGUAAAACCAGCGACUUCUACAUGGGCGCGGGAGGCGCGUUGGAGCACGUUAUGGAGACGCUGGACAAUGAGUCCUUUUACAGCAAAGCCUCGGCCGGCAAAUGCGGCCCGGCCUUCGGGCCGCUGCCCCGCGCCGAGCAUCACGUGCGCCUGGAGAGGACCUCGCCCUGUCAAGACGGCGGCGUUAACUAUGGCAUCACGAAAGUUGAAGGACAGCCUCUUCACACGGAACUGAAUAGAGCCAUGGAUAACUGUAACAGUCUCCGGCUGUCUCCUGUGAAAGGGAUGCCAGACAAGGGAGAACUAGAUGAUCUUGGAGAUAAAUGUGACAGCAAUGUAUCCAGCAGUAAGAAGCGGAGACAUCGAACCACCUUUACCAGCUUGCAGCUGGAGGAACUGGAGAAGGUUUUUCAGAAAACCCAUUACCCAGAUGUGUAUGUCCGAGAACAGCUUGCUCUGAGGACCGAGCUCACUGAGGCCAGAGUCCAGGUUUGGUUUCAAAAUCGAAGGGCUAAGUGGAGAAAAAGAGAACGUUAUGGCCAAAUACAACAAGCCAAGAGCCAUUUUGCUGCCACCUAUGAUAUAUCAGUUUUGCCAAGGACAGACAGCUACCCACAGAUUCAGAACAAUUUGUGGGCAGGAAAUGCAAGUGGCGGUUCUGUGGUGACCUCAUGCAUGUUACCACGUGACACUUCCUCCUGUAUGACACCUUAUUCCCACUCGCCUCGGACAGACUCCAGUUACACAGGGUUUUCAAACCACCAGAACCAGUUCAGCCACGUCCCCCUCAACAACUUUUUCACUGACUCUCUUCUUACCGGGGCUCCCAAUGGACAUGCAUUUGAAACAAAGCCAGAGUUUGAAAGGAGGUCUUCCAGUAUUGCGGUUCUUCGAAUGAAAGCCAAGGAGCAUACCGCCAAUAUUUCAUGGGCCAUGUAACAUACGAUACCUUUUUUAUUUUUGUUUAAUAGCAAGGUAAAACAUUUUUAUCUCUCAUAUUUAAAGAAUACAACAAUAAGCUGCUUUGUGUGGAAUUGCUGAAGGUCAAGUUAUACAAUGAGACCAGCUUAAGUAAAUAGAUGUUAUUAUUUAACAUUAAAAUUUAACAACAAACUUCUGAAAAUACUAAAUAGAUUUACCAUCCAUCAGUCUCUACAAACUGUUUUAGUAGUAAGAUUUUCCCCCCUAUUGUACA